AUGGCCAAAUGUGCAGGCUGUAGGGUGCGGCAUCUAAUCUGCGACACACAAUCUACCUGCGCUGAAUGCGAGAAGAGUGGUAGAGAGUGCGUUCGUCUUAAUGUCCGCUUCCGGCAUCUCGUGUGCCCGUCAGAUGAGAUCACUCGUGCGGAUUAUACCAAAUAUAAGUUCUUCUUCGACAGCGAGCAGACGUGGAUUGACACCAAUGGCAAACUCCAAUUCGUCACAGAAAGCGACAGCAGCGCCGACGCUUCACCAACGGACGAACUAGAGAGCAAUGUGUUCGAUGCCGUGGGCUUGGAUGUGGAGCCUCGGCCCGCUCCAGUGGAGCAGUCGUCUCCUAAGUUCGUGCUUGGAUCAACGUCUCAGACUCCAGCUGUUCAGGCUUCCGUUCUAGACGAUGGCCCACCAGAGUAUUUGGCAGCAUUGGAGCAAGUGCCUUACGACCCGCCAGAUAGCGUCCUCCUCGAAGAUGCAUCGGAAAUGCCGGCCCAUUCAUUGCGAGAGGUAUCCCAGCUUGGAGAGAAGCUACCGACCGACACGAGUGUAUCCUACUUAGAGAGUGUGCUGCCCGCACCGGAGCUGGAGUGUCCAUUGAAAAGCUUAAAAGAGGGAAAGCUACUCCAGCAUUGGGUCACUCAUCUCGCGCCAUGGUUCGACGUUGGCGAUAGCAAGAGACACUUUGGCAAGAUCGCGACCCGCAUGGCAGCGUCAAGUCCCUUAUUGAUGACCGUGAUUCUCGCUAUUGCCGCUCUUCAUCAUAGCCGAGUCAGCGGCCAAAGUGAUCUGUACAGCGCAAUGACCUACCACGACAAAUGCCUGAACAUAAUUGUGCCGAUGUUGAGCGACUCGGAUCACGCCAACGAUGACUGCGUACUUAUGACGACGACCAUUCUACAUCUGUAUGACGGUCUUGAGUCUGGCAAUGACUUGCCAAGGCAUCUCAAGGGAACUUCCAUCUUCUUCCAUCCGGAAGCUACAUACAAUUCGUCUCAACUUCGUAGGGCAGUCUUCUGGCUACAUCUCCGCCAAGAGAUAUACAACGCCUUCUUGUAUCAGCGCAGCGUUAUCACCGAUCUGAACAAUUGCAACUUCGAGUUCGAGAACGAGUCUGAGAAUGACGACAUGUGGUUCCACCAAACCUUGUACAUUGCUGCUCUGGUAUCGAAGUGGGCCUUUGGCAAGGAAACAUCACAUGCCCGAUGGUACGAGCUUUGCAAGAUGAUGGACGUGUGGGAGAGCAGACGCCCUACCAGCUUCGAUCCGAUAUACUUCCGCACACUAGACCCAACAAACGGCAGAUACUUUCCUGAAGUCUGUUAUGCGACAGAUGAGCAUGUCGCCGCAGCUCAUUUCUUCUACCUAUCAAAACUGUUGCUCACAAUCCACGAUCCCAACCUGCCACGGAUUGGACCUCGAAUGAAGUCCGCGACCGUAGAGAUGCAGAAGACGGCGCUGUCAUAUGUGCGUAACCUCGUCGGCAUCGCAGUCUGCAACAACUUCAUCGUUGCCAGAUUCACAGCCACUCUUGCUAUCAUCAUCUGCGAGAGUUGGUUCACGGAUCGGCGAGAGCAGGAAGCCCUUUUCGACUUCAUGCGUGAGACAAGUCGAUGCAGCGGAUGGACAACACAGAACGUACAGCAAGCAUUGGUGGAGGAAUGGGGCUGGAAGGAGGAACAGAUAUGA